AUGGCACCCUCUGCGACUGAAUCACAGUCGGCCGCGACCACCGGGGUUAACGGCACCAAUGGGCUGAGUCACAUCAAGAAGUACAAGGAUCGCUCCAACCUGGUGCCCGUCGCCUCCCGCUUGAAGGACGGUCGAGCGUUGGCAGAGGAUGUAUGGUCCAUCUUCAACGCCGCGAACCUGCCUGCGGACUGCAUCAAUCUCGGCCAGGGAUACAUGAACUUCCCGCCGCCAAUAUGGGUCAGGGAAGCCGCGGAACAGGCCCUGGCUGUCACAGCGACCAACCACUACUCACACCCCAAGGGCAGGCCACGGCUGCGCGAGGCGAUCAAGAAGGUCUACAGCCCCCAGUUCGGACGGGAACUUGAUGUCGAGACCGAGAUCCAAGUGACCAGCGGGGCGAACGAAGGCAUGUCCCGUGCCACAGGCCAGUACUCCGUGUUCACCGCGUUCCUCGAGCCCGGAGAUGAGGUCAUCAUGUUCGAGCCGUUCUUCGAUCAGUAUCUGCCAUCGGUAGCCUUCAACGGCGGAGUCCCCGUCUAUGUGCCGCUGCACCCGAAAUUGACGGGCGACAAGCCAACGAGCAACGACUGGGUGAUCGACUUUGACGAACUCGCUCGCUCCAUAACCCCGCGCACCAAGAUGAUCAUCGUCAACACGCCCCACAACCCGGUGGGCAAGGUCUUCACACGCGAAGAGCUCGAAAAGAUCGCCGCGCUCGCGGAACAGCACAACCUGAUCGUCAUGUCCGAUGAGGUGGAAGGUGUCCAGUACGACUUCCUCGUGUUCGACAACAAGGAGCACGUGCGCAUCGCGACCCUGCCGGGCAUGUGGGACCGCACUGUCACGGUCGGCUCCGCGGGCAAACUAUUCUCUGCGACGGGCUGGAGAGUGGGCUGGCUCAUUGGGCCUCCGUCCAUCAUCAGGCCGACCCUGGCAGCAUGCACGCGCAUCGUGUUCUGCAGCAACUCGCCAUUGCAAGAGGCCACGGCAGUCGGGCUUGAGCAGAUGGAGGAGCGCGGCUACCUCCCGCAGGCAGUGAAGGAAUACGACGAGCGACGGUUGACGCUCACGGCCGCGUUCGACAAGCUCGGCAUGACCUACUCUCACCCCGAGGGAACCUACUUCGUGCUUCUGGAUAUCUCCACUGUCAAGUGGCCAGAAAAUUACCCCUUCCCAGCGAGCGUCCAGGGCCGAGGACGAGACUUCAGGGCAUGUUGGUUCAUAGCCAUGGAAGUGGGAGUCUCAACUAUACCCGUGAGCGAGUUCUACUGUGAGGAGCACUGCUCCAUCGGCGAGAACUACGCGCGCUUCGCGUUCUGCAAGGACGUCGACACGCUCCAGAGGGCGGCUGAGCGCCUCCAGGGCCUGCGGAGAUUCCUGCAGUAG